AUGGACAAGCUGAAGAAGGCAAAGGACUCCGUAACUGGCCAGACUGCGGCCAACCAGACUGCCCAACAGCCCGGUAAACAUGCCACCAAGGAUACUAUGGUCGAUUCCAUGGCGGAUCGAGAGGCACAGAAGAAGGGCGUUCCUAGCGGAGCUGACCCGAUGAUUAAUAAUGUCGUCAAUGAUGAAGCCAAUAAGUUCUAA